AAAUCUUUGCACAUGAACAAAAAAGUGACACAUCUUUAGAAAUAGUCUUUCUAAUCUGUACACAACUAGUUUAAUGACUGUCACUUUUGACAGUUACUUAAUAAUAAAAUAAAAUUACAUUUUUCUUAAAGAAAAGAAUUAUAUUUCAUUGCUCUAAUAAAUUAAAAUUUAAAUCUAUAUUCUUUUCAUAAUUUCUACGUUGUCAGCACAGUAAGGAAUGCACACAGAUUUGUCACCACAUUUGCAUACAGAUGAAUGCAAUGUUUUGAUUAAAAAGUUAAUGGAUUGUCAUACAGAGCAUCCAUUUAUAAAAUUUACGGGUUAUUGCAAUGAUUAUGACCGAGAAAUGAGAAAGUGUUUGAAAGCUGAAAGACUCAGACGACAAAAAAGCAAUUUAGAUGAGUCUCGCAAGCGUCACGCUUUAAUAAAAGAAAGAAUAUUAGCACAGGAAAGAGCAUCACAUUGACAUUCAGUAUACAUACUUACCUGGAAUUUAUAAUAUUUUUAUGAUUACAGUUUCCAAUUUUUUUUCGCCAGUAUGGAGUUUACAAUAUUAGAUUCAAUACCAGACUUAACAAAUUUCAAAUCUUUCACAGAUAGAUAUUUUAGCAAAAGGUACAUAUUGAAUGUGGAUAGAAUUAAAAAUAAUGAUAUAAUGCUAAUGUUCCAUUCAAACAGAAUAACUCUUCUCUCUUUAGCUCCAAGUCAUUUCUUCUUUAAAAAGAAUGAUAAUUAUAAAAUAAAUUUUGUAAUUGGUAAAAUUGAUAGACUAAGUAAUUCUGUGAAAGGUAAAGGCAAAAAAGGUGGACAAUUGCUAACAGCAAAGUCUGUGAUUUGUAAAAUAGAAUACAAUGAUGGCGAAAGCUUUGAUGUACCUUCAUGUAUGAAAGGAACUUUAAUUGAAGUGAAUGAAGAGCUAGUGAAACAUCCGAAACUGUUAAAGGAAAUGCCUGAUUCCAAUGGUUUUAUAGCUAUAAUUUUAUCCAGUAUUGCUAUUUCUGAAGCAACAAAAAGUGAGUUAUUAUCUCAUGAGGAUUAUCUUAAAAUUAUGACAAAUGAAAGUAGUAAUAAUGAAAAAUAAAAUUUGUAAUUGAA